AUGCAGUCUGAAUCGCGUAUUUUCAUCUGUACUACGGUUUGUUUACAAGCACGUUUAAUUACCUCGAGAAGCGUACUGGAUACACUCAUUGAGACCUCAUCACCCCAAUCAUACAUUAUUCCCUAUGAAAUGCCGUCGGACGAUAUAACACCUCGACCUCGAAAAGUGGUAAUAAAAGACAAUAAAUUUCCGUUCUUUGAAGAUGAUGCCACUUUUGUACCACCAGCACUCAGCUCAUAUAGCAUUUCGUUAUUGAACGAACGAACUAAGCCGGUGCCGGGAUCUCAGGUAACGGGUGUAUACGAAUUAGAUUUCCCACAACUGAAAGGAUUGAAAAACAAACUUUCCGUUCAUUUCGGCGAUCGUGGCUCUUCCGGUUUUCCACUAAACCAUGAUGCCCUGUCGGCUCCAUCACACACAAGCCCCGGCAACUCAUUCUCGACACAUUCUCCAAGAUUGAGGAGACAAGAACUAUCAAACACUCAUAAUUCCAUCACAGACGACCAUAUCAAUUCUAUGGACGAAUCAGAACCUCGACAUAAUGGCCUGACAAGUCAUACUGCCACUACCACUCCGGGAGAGAUAUUCAAACAGCCCCAACCACGGUUAUCAAAGCGUAUACGAGGGUCGCGGCAUUUUGGGCGACUGCUUGGACCGCCAAUGAGAGCUCCAAAAGUCCCCGAAUCAAGUAAUGAAGAAAAUAUUGCAUCCACGCCAACGCCUUGGCACUCAAAAGAUAACAUGUUCGAGACCGGAAUUUCCGUCUUUACCGAACUUCGACAGCAUAACAAUGACGUCGAGCUCUGGAAAGAGAAGGAGCUGGAACUUAGGCUGCGCAUCGACGAACAAAAACGACUUAAUGAACUCGACAGAAUGUCAAAAAGAACUCGAAAUGAAGAUCUUGAAAUGGCAAGCUCAAAUGAAAGCUCUCAGCAUAAAACACCACCUAAUUCGUCAAGUAUACGAGACAAGGAAAAUCUUGAUAAACCAGAAGUUCAGCCGCGUGAUGUUGCAAGACGUCCCCUUCUGCAUAUCUCUUCAAAUGUAUUGAACAUACCACACGAAGCUGAGAGUUUUCGAAAACCAAAAGCAGUGCGGCCUGGGGCAUUUAGUGCUGUUCCUCUGUCCGAUGACGGCAAGAAAAGAAAAUAUAUUGCGAUCAAUGGAAUUCAAUAUGAAAAGCUCGAGUUAAUGGGCCGCGGAGGUACAUCUAAGGUGUACAAAGUCAAGUCAAUGACCAAUCAGCGACUUUACGCAAUCAAAAAAGUUACGUUUGACCAAUUCGAUGAUGUAUGCGUGAAAGGAUUUAAAGGAGAAAUAGAUCUUUUGACAAAGUUGAAAGGUACCGAAAGGGUCGUUCAAUUGGUCGACCAUGUAAUUGGAGAGGGCUCAAUUUAUUUAGUGAUGGAAUGCGGUGAAAUUGAUUUGGCUCAUGUUUUCCAAAACAGGCUAGCAGCGACGCAUCCAUUAGACCUCAACUUUGUGAAGUUUCACUCCAUUGAGAUGCUCAAAUGCGUGAGAUCUGUGCAUGAUGCUGGUAUAGUUCACAGUGACUUGAAGCCAGCAAACUUUCUCUUUAUCAAAGGGGUUUUGAAAAUUAUUGAUUUUGGUAUCGCAAAUGCCGUUCCCGAUCAUACUGCCAACAUUUAUCGUGAGUCUCAAAUUGGCACUCCAAACUACAUGGCACCAGAAACUCUUAUAGGCAUUGGCCAUGUGACUCCCGGUCUCAUGAAUGCUGAAAACAAUAUGUUGAAAAAUAAGAACACUUGGAGAGUUGGUAAGCCAUCGGAUGUAUGGUCUUGUGGAUGUAUCAUGUACCAAAUGAUUUACGGCAUGCCUCCUUAUGGCGGCUACUCGGGUAAUCAGAGGUUUAUGGCUAUUAUGAAUCCUCAAAUAAAGAUUUCUUACCCUUCCAAAGGAUUAGGGAAUGUGCCGGUUCCCAAAAGUGCUGUUGAGUUAUUACAAAAAUGUUUGGCUCGAGACCCCAAUGAGAGAUAUACUGUUGAAGAGUGUUUGGAGAGUGAUUUCUUGAAGCCCAAAAUAGUGAGUGAAGCAUUCGUUCGUGAUCUUGUGCAUCUGGCAGUCAACUUUGGAUAUAACAGUCGUAACAACGGAACUGGAUCUAUCACGUCGGACUUGUAUGAUAGGCUAGUUGAUACUGUAUUGAAGGGGAUAGAGGAAUUGAACUAUGGCUGA